CCAAGCCAGCUUGAGCAGAAAGUUUUCACACAAAAAAGAUUCGCAAUUCAAUAUUAUUAUUUCAUUUGAUCUUGAAGAAAAGCUGCCAAAACUCCACAGUAAUUUCUUUGGAGAAGAAUAUAAAAGAAUCCAACGCCCUGCACUCCUUCAACCUUUCUCUUACCUUCCCUUACACGUCUUCUUUCCUCUUCCUUUGCCCUCCAAUCUAUCAUUAUUUAAACAAACAAAAAAAUUCAAUUUUUCAAAGCUGAAAUUUCUGGGUUUUUUUUUUUUUUGUUUGCUAAAACAAUGUCUACAAAUCUUGAAUUGUUCAAAGAUUUGGCAAAAAUAAAAUUACCGAAACUCAAGGUUCAAUCUAAUGAAAGUGGAGUCGUAAUGCAAGAAGAAAACAAGAACCAAGAUGACAGUAGAAGCAGCGAGUGUUUAACACCAACCUCGGAAGAAAACAAGAUCCCAGCAGUUUUGUCAUGUCCAGCAGCACCGAGGAAACCUAGGAAGACAGCUGUUUCAUGCAAAAGAACGGUAUCUGAACUUCAGGUCUUCGAGAUUGUUAACAGGGAAGAAGUUGAUGCGUUUUUCAAAGCUGGUUUUGAUGAUUCUCUCUCCAAAAAAAGGUGCCCAUGUACAUGAAAAAUAUCUGCUUUUCUUAUCGUCUCUUUUUUUUUU